AGUGAGUGUUUCCGCUUACCUAAAAUAAAGAGCUGGCUGGUUGGCGAGCCGAGUGAGGAAGAGGAACAACGUUGCUGUACAUUGCCGACGGGGAUAUACGAAAAGAACAUUUUGGCUUUUUUCACAUAAAUUACCGCUGGGGAUAUCUCAAUUUAUCUGAUAGUCCAUGACUCGAAUGUGAACCGUAAAAAAGGAGGGCUCGCUCCCGGUAACCUUUACGUUGGUUAAGCCAUAUAGGACUCUCGCCGGUCGUUGGAGGAAAAGAUGUGCGAUGGAAUGGUAGCGUUUCAGAUGAGAGCCCUGCCCUCCACGUCUUCUUCCUCGUCUUCAUCAUCCUCCUCCUCUCUAGCCCACAGCCUGGCUGCCUCUGUGUUCCUCCUCCUCCUCACCCUGCUCCCUCAUGGUCACGCAUCAGGCUGUCCACGGCCGGCCAGCAUUCUUCAUGGAGACCUGGUGAACCAAACCGAGGCUAACAGGGGCUCUUUCCCUCCGGGCACCCUGCUCUCUUACAGCUGUGAGACUGGCUACAUUGCAGAGGGGCCCACCACCAUCAUUUGCACCAGCUCCGGAGCAUGGUCCCAUCAGCCCCCACACUGCACCCGUAGCAAUGUGUGUUUACCUCCCACGGAGCCAGAGAAUGGGGGCUACCGCUGUCACCCGUCCCCCUGCCACCGCCUCACCCAGAAGACCGUUAUCGAGUACUUCUGUGACGAGGGCUACGCUCUGAAGGGAGACUACAAGUUCCUCACCUGUCAGAAUGGAGAGUGGGACGCUCCCAUGCAGAUCAGCUGCCGACUCAGCCAAGACAAGGAGCCAAACUCUCCACUGGGAAUGCCAACUCUGUCUAUUGUGGCAUCCACAGCCAGUUCUGUGGCCCUCAUCUUGCUGUUAGUGGUGCUGUUUGUACUGCUGCAGCAACUCAAGUCCUUCCAUCACAGCAGGAGGGAGCAGGGAAUCUCAGGCCAGCCCAGCUCCAUCAUGGUGGAGGGGGUCCAGGUGGCUCUGCCUUCAUAUGAGGAAGCUGUGUAUGGCAGCAGUGGACCCUGCAGUGCCUCGGGCCCUUCUCCUCCUCCUCCCCCUCCAGAGUCUCGGGUCCCGAUCGUGCUCUCUGAGGGCCUCCCCCAAGGGGCCACUGGAGGCCAGGGCCCAAGCAGAACCCACCACCACAGAGACUUAGACUUCUGCCUCCCAUCCACCUCCUCAUCCUUCUCUCAGCGUCAUGCAGAGACAGCGCUGGUUCAUCAGGCUCCCUCCUCUUCCUCCUCCUCAUCAUCAUCAUGGGAUAGAGAGCACCACGGGGGUGCGUGCGCAGCCCCCCUGCCCCUCCGUAGAGACUCUGAGAGUAGCGACCAGCACAGUCUACUCUCUGUAACCUCCACAGACGAAUUUUCCGAUGAUAUUCCCCUGUUGAAGGAAGCAUGAAGCCUGCCAGCAGCAUCAGCAGCAGAGCCCCUGUCUCCCUCUCUCACUGCUGACCAGGACUGACUGUGGCUGUCAACCUCCUUCCCCAAGCCCCUCAGCAGCCAGCACAGAAAAGACUACAACUUUGCCCAUUUCCCAAGCAACCUCCUCUGCCACUGCUACCCAUGCACAGCAAAGCAGCAACCAAAACUCAAUUUGCACCCCUUCUCUGCACCCUUAAGCAAUGAUGGAGCACCAACAGGCCCUUGACCUGCUUCGGCCCAGCUGCUGGAUCUUACUCAAGACAAGCCAGACAAGCAUAAAGUGGUUUUAACUCAACAUGAAUCCUGUAGAUCCUCUGUAUAUGAGCAAUGCAUACAUACUGAGUUAGGGUUGUGUACUGUAGGCUAUGCAUUAGUACAUACACUCGCCUCCUCCCAGGUGUACUUCUCUAUUGACAGCACUCACAAAGGCUUCAUGGGACAAGGCUAUAAGACGUCGUCUCUGGAAUUACUGCAGAUACAAAAUAACCUGUGAUGUUCACUCCUCCUGCUGCGGCGUACAGAGGCAUCUCCCUGCUGUACUUGAAAAGUAGUGAGAGACGGCUGGCCCUCUUUGUGAAUGCUGCAUGUUGUUUCUAGUUACCACUGUCGCAGGCAUGGUGGCCCGCUCUGAAUGAAGCAUGAAGUCUCCUCUCUCACUCUGUGUCUAGCUACCUGUGUAUCCUGUUGGUGUCCAGUUUAUGGAUAGUGGGACCGAGAACCUCCUGACAAGAGUAAAAAGCGGGGGUGCAAUCUUUUACACAGCACUGUAUCUCAGUUUGAAAAAAUAAUAAUAAUAAAAAACAGAUGCGCUUCUUGUUUUUCUGUUGCCAACCACACCCGAUAUCUGUAAGCUGCUCCCACCCUGUCAGCAUGGCCGGGAUUGAUUGGUGUUUCAGUUCCAAGGCACAUUAUUGCCUGUGCAACUGCAGCGCAUCUUGCCUGUAUCUGCCUGAUAAGGGGAGGGAGACAAAAUGUGAUGUCCUGUCUGAAAGCUGGGAAGGGGGCUUGUCUUUCAAACUGGUGAUUUGGCGCAUGACUGAACUUUGGGGAUUGUUUUGUGUUUUAUUUUUUUCACCCGUUUUAUUUAUUGUUUGGUGUGUGGCUCAGUUUGUUCUGCUUUGAGGUGCUGAAUCUGGGUUUGCAAGGGUGUGUGUGUCUGUGUAUGUGCGUGUGUGUCCUUUUUGUUUUUUGUGUGUCCAGAAGGAGAGUGUAGGCCCAUGAUAUGGAAAUAAAUGUGUUUUCCCAGUUUGCCUCUGUUCAGAUCAGAGGCUGGCUUAACAAUAACCCUAGUCUUGCCCUAUUGGAAAAUCUUCCUCUUGGUGUUCAUUAGUCACCCCAACAAAUCAGCAUUGCUAUAGGGAAAGAGACGAGUACACAAUGUGUGUAUUCAUUUAUUCUCAAACUAGAAUAUUUGCCAUAUUUGCUGAGUGGCUAGAAAAAGGAAGUCUCCUUUUUGGAACUGGGUCACAUCUGCGUUCUUACUGAAGUUAAGGCUCCACUCCUGUGCAUUACUGACACUACUGCAACUGGUUGCAGUAAAAGAAAAGCUAUCAUCUUUAUGUCCCCGUUUCCCCUUUCCAAUGCCAAGUGCAGAUAUAUUAAUAUAAAAUUAUGUUGUUCAUUGUCAAUCACCCUCCAUUUGCAUUACCACUUGAAAUGGUUGAGCUGGUCACCCUGGAAACAGCAUGACUCCAAUGGGCACUGAGAAUUAUUUUUCAAACCCAAGUGUUUGGAGAAAGAAAACAACCCGUCAUUGUGUUCUCUUUAUUUCUCAUUUGUGGCUGGCUGUCGUUCACGGCUACAUUAAUGCAAACAGAAUGUUGCCUUAGACUUGUACAUUUCCUUUUUUUUGUGUAUAAUCUUAAGCCUCCGUAUUUGUUGCUUUACAAUAUUGCAACGUCUUCUGUUUUCCCAAUGGCCUUACUGUAUUCUUUUCUAUUCUAUGCAUAAAAUUGUCUUGUGUAUUUAUCAAUGAGUUGAUUUUGGGUUUUGGACAUGACUAAAAAGAAUGUCCUUUUUUUUCUCUCUCUCUGUCCCCCAUGCUUUUCUGGCUACUGUGAUAGUGAAGAACCUAUAAGCACCUAAUAAUAUUUCACAAUUCCUUUGCUUCUUCUUUGCUACAAGGCAUUUAAAUGUUAUGGGAUUCAAAGAAAAAAAAAUUAUGAAAUGAACUUUGCGUCCAGAAGCACUGUUGUACGGUGUUGCUUCCCUGACAAUAAUAGGAAAAAAGUACACCUUGAUUCUGAGUUUCAUUGUUUUCAGCUUUGGUUUUUCCUCUGUACAUGGCAGUGGGUGUGAAGACAGUAAUUUAAUAUUUGUAUAAAGUUUAAUUUAAUUUUACAGUGUGUAUAUAACUUUCUAAUUAAAGCUUUCUUUUGAAGUGUG